AUAUCAGUCUACUCUAAUAUAUACAAGUUGCCAAACGCAAAUGUCCUAUAAAAUAAGAGAAAAGUUGACCAUAAUCUCAUCACCAAAAGCCAUUCCCCAUGAAUGCUUCAACUCUAUUAUUGAUCAUCAGUGCAACAACAGCACUAAUUGUCUCAGUAAAUUUAGCCGUCGACCCCCAAAAUGGCCUCCCAAAAUCUGAAGUCAUGCAACUGAAAGGAGCAGUUGGACCAGAGAGUAUAGCGUUUGAUCGAAAUGGUGAAGGCCCAUACACAGGAGUUGGCGAUGGACGAAUUCUCAAGUGGCAAGGAUCAUAUUGGGAUGAUUUUGCAGUCACUUCGUCCCAAAGGAAAAAUUGUACCCGGCCUUUUGCUCCUGAAACGGAGCAUGUCUGUGGAAGACCAUUGGGCUUACAAUUCGACAAGAAAACAGGUGACCUAUAUAUUGCUGAUGCCUAUUUAGGACUCCAAGUUGUUGGACCAAAAGGAGGAUUAGCUACUCCAUUAGUCCAAAAAUUCCAAGGUAAGCCUUUGAUCUUCACAAAUGACAUCGAUAUUGAUGAUCACGACGAUGUGAUUUACUUCACGGAUACAAGCACAAAGUACCAGCGCAGACAAUAUUUCACGUCUCUUUUAAGUGGAGAUAGUACUGGCAGGCUAAUGAAAUAUACUAAAUCAACCAAGGAAGUUACAGUUUUAUUAGGAGGCCUUGCUUUUGCAAAUGGUGUAGCGUUGAGCAAAGACCAUUCUUUUGUGCUAGUGGUUGAAACUUCUAAUAGUAGAAUAUUGAGGUAUUGGCUUAAAGGCCCUUAUAAGGGAAAACAUGAUACAUUUGCUGAGUUGCCGGGGUUUCCUGACAACAUUAGCAUAAAUUCGAAAGGGGAAUUUUGGGUCGCUCUGCAAUCAUUUGCACAAUUGUUGAGUAUUUCAGAUUCUGACUUGUUAGGCGUGCAUGCUGCUGCAAUGAAGCUAAGCGAGGACGGGCGAGUUUUGGAGGUUUUAGAAGAUGUGGAAGGCAAGACGUUGAGGUCUAUAAGUGAAGUUCAUGAGAAAAAUGGCAAGUUGUGGAUCGGUUCUGUUGUGAUGCCCUUUCUGGGAGUGUAUAGAUUAUGAGUUUUAAGUUAUAUACAUAUAGUCAGUAUAAAAGAUUUUUUUUUUUACAUUAGGUCAUCCAAAGUAUAUCUAUAGCAUAUCAACUACCUAGAGAUCACCCUACGAGUAAGUUAUGUUAAUUUUCGCUUCUAGUAUGAUGAUUUUAUUCUGUUGUUCGCUAAAGGUUCCUUCUGUUUUCGCUUGAUGGUUCAGUAAGGAAUAUAUGCGUUCUUAUA